AUGGAGAGUAGCAGAGACCCCGCGGUGUCGCUGAUGGACGACAGCCCCCCGUCCAGCCCUGGCUCCAGCCCCAGCCCGGACGGCCGGCGCCGGGACCCCCAGAGCCGGUCCUCUCGGGCGGGACAGAGCGUGCCCAGCCCCGGCGGGUUCCCGGGGAGGGGGCGGCCCGCGGCGGCCAACGCGGCCCGGGAGAGGAGCCGGGUUCAGACGCUGAGGCACGCCUUUCUGGAGCUGCAGAGGACGCUGCCCUCGGUGCCCCCGGACACCAAGCUGUCCAAGCUGGACGUUUUGAUCCUGGCCACCACCUACAUCGCCCACCUGACCCGCACCCUGCAGGAGGAGGGCGAGGGGGAGAGCGGCAAGCAGGUCGAGGCGCUGCACUCGCUGAAGGGGGAUGGAUACCUGCACCCGGUGAAGAAGUGGCCCAUGCGCUCCAGGCUGUACGUGGGCGCGAGCGGACAGUUCCUCCACAGCUCCAAGCGCUCCGAGGCGGAGAACCAGGGGCCCUCGUCCUCCACGUCCUAG